GCGGACCCGCCAGUGAUCCCGAGGGUGCUGGGGAGGCGAGAGGUCUUAGUAUUGUGUCGCGCACUUUCUCGCGCAUCUUGCCACCGCCAUGAAGGAAUGGGUCAGGCUUUUUAGUGAUGUAGUGACGCGGGCUUUUUACGGCACGAGGACUCCGGCUGCGACUCCGGCGUCCGGGUCCAACGAAGAUCCUGCUCAACAGACUCCUGCUGCGAGUCCUCCGUUGACAGCAGUGACCUCUCUACCUACAGCAGGUAACGCAGCUACUGGUCCUCCCCCUCCCCCCCUCGCGACACCUCCCCAGACACCCCCCUGCGCCCCCUUAGGUUUCCCUCAGUCGUCCUCAGCCCCGGUCUCGAUCCCCCCGAGCCUUCCUAAAGACGGCCAGCAGAGCGCGUCCGCGAGGCAGUCCUCCCCGGCAGGAGCUGCCCAGUCGCUGUGGUCGCGGUUCUACGGUUCCGCACCGCCAACUCAGCCUCAGGAAAAGGCUGUCAGUGACACAGGGCAGGAAAGGGGAAGAGGCCGUGGGCGUGGACGAGGUGGGGGCCGAGGGCGUGGUAGAGGGGCGUCUCUUGAAGGCGGCAAUGACAGUCCGAAACUUCCCAAGGGAAACCAGCAUCCCCAGAAACCCUCCCCGUCCUCCUCUCCCCACAGCGCUCGAAAUUCCAAUUCAUCAGUCCCUCCUCGACCGAAACGACCUGGCUCUUGGCGCCAGUUGCCCGGCGCUCUGUCUCGCUCCCUGAGUCCCGAAAAGCCGUCCGUGACUCAGCCUCCGCCGGUGGACGAGGACGGCUUCACCCUCGUGCAGCGACGCAGCAAGCCGGGGCGACCUCCACCCAGUCCUCGCUCGAACGGAGCUGCCAGUCAGGGCGAAGACACCUUCUAUGAUGCGCAAUCCAGCUACGAUGUUUUUGUAAAAGAUGACUUUGUUCUGAACAAGGACGAUUUCCCAGGCAUCCAGAAGGGCAAUGGGACUAGUCAAAGGCCAGGAGCGUCGCGAUCGCCGUCGACACACAAGCGACCUGCCUCUCAAGAGUCAGGAAACUGCAAUCGAGCCAGGAGCAGCAGUGCCAACGAUGGUUCUUCACAGAAGGAGGAGUCCAAGGAACAGCCUAAUAAAUCCUCCAAGAACCAAAAUCGAAAAUUGCUCUCUGUCAGUCAGUCGCCCACUAGGAAUAAACAAGAAAAGGCAAAAGACAAAAAGAAUGAAGCUGAAAAGCAAAAGGUAAAGCCUGAAGUAAUAAAACAAGAUCAAGCACUUUUACAGAAGCAACAGAAAGAUCAAAAAACUUUUGAGAGCGAGAAUGACAUUUCGAGACUGAAGGAAACUCCCGACGACAAGAGAUGUGGAGCGACGGUUGGUAAACAUACCCAAAAGAACGAGGUUGAAAUAGAUGAGUUAAAUGCAAGUGUAGAUUCCCAAAAGAAAUCAACAAAGAAAGUAGACAACAAAAAGCCAGAAAGCAAAGUGGCUAUAGGAGAGAAUGAAAAACUAGUAAAUGACGCCAGUGAUAAAGGAAAGCCCAUCGAUAAUAAUGAGGAAUUCACAGUAAAUAAUGAAAACAGACCAAAAAAGACGAAAAAGAAAAAUAAGCGAAAAUCAGGUAAAUCCGACAACCUCGAGGCCGAAGACGCAAGCGCAACGAAGGAGCAGCAGGUGAGUCUUCCUGUUGGUCCUCAAGAAAAGUCCUGUGAGUCGGACAGGCAGAUCGACCACACACAAGAAACCGAGACGCAGAUAUCAGAAAGAUCCACGGAUGAAAAAGCUAACGUUGUGGUUCUCAAGACUCCUGACGUGGAUAAGCACGCAGUACAGAACACAGAUGAAAUUCCGAAGGAAUCAGUACCUGCAAUGGACAAUUUAUCUGGCUAUGUAAUGGACCACUGCCACACGCUCAUUCCGAAGGCGCAGAAACCUGGGAAGGAAACAGAGCAAAAAGAUACCACAGAGGGUGAAGGAAAGAACCGCGCUGGACUCGAAGAAACGAUUUCAGAUAAGGUACCGAAUGACGUAAAGGAUAAUGAAAUUAUUCAGAGAGAUGAGAUGCAGUGUGAUGAAUAUUCCAGCACAGGUCAGAAGAACAACGAAAGUCAAGGCACGAAGAAAAUCGUAAUCAUAGAGGAAGACAAAGAGUUAUCACCAGAAACGGUGAAGCCAGAACAGGAAGAGAAAACUGAGUCUCCUGUAGAUGUGAAGCUCGAGAUAUCUCAAGAGCCAGUGGAGCUAGAACAGGAAAAGGAAACCGAGUCCCCCGUAGAUGUAGAGGUCGAAAAUUCAGUGUAUGACACCGCCAAAACGUCGCCAGAGGAAGAUCAUUUGCAAGAACGUACUGACAAACCUCAAGUAGAUUCCAGCGACGAGUCUUGCGAAGUAACCUUUGUCUUUCCAGAGAGAAGGGAGAGCUUUAAUGAUGACAUUGACGUAAGUGAAGUUGAUAUGCAGGUCAGCAUCGUCUUACAAAAUGUCGCUAGCAGUUUAGAGAACUCCGAAGACUCGGAAGGAAACGGGGAUUCUACUGAGGUAGAACAUUCCUUUGAAUGCAGAAGUACUGACCACGACCCGGGGGGAUUAAUCAGUGAUUACAUGAAAACUCACACGAUAUAUACAGACGACGAAUCAAGCGACGUAGAUGAUUAUGAGCAGAUGACUGACACCGAGGAAAAUGACCUUUCUAAAGAUGUAAUAAGGCAUAUGGAGACAAUUGCCGAGGUAGCUGAUGAAGCAUUAUCUAAUGAAUGCGAGGAAGUAAAUGUCAAAAAUGAAAGUCAAGAAGAGAAGGCUGCUGACCAACCAACCCCGACAGGUCAGAACCUAGGUAGCGAAAUUGAAAUUACAAAAUUGAAAGACAUUAUAUUAGAGAAAAAGAAAAAUAUCCAGACAAUACAAGACGCGUUGAAAGGACACGUGGUGGAUAUAAGCCAACUGAGAGGAGAUGCCAAAGAACACAAGGACUCCAAGGACUCACUGCCUGACGUCGACAAGAAUAAGGAGGAUAAUAAGGACGCCUCCGAUCUGAGCAGCAAACGCAGACAAAGUCCCGACGGGGCUGAGGCCGACGUCGGGAUGCUGUGGGUGAUCGAGAAGUCCGUCGUCAAAGGGGAGAAGGACAUCAACAGCCUGAACAAGACCAUUGCCGAGACGAUGAACAAAAGUAAAACCGACGAGACAGUAACAGAUAAGGAUAAGACAAAUGAUGAGAACGUAAAGGAAGGUGAAGCACCGAAGCAACGCGGCGAGAAAAAGAAAGAGGAUGAAGAAAUAGAACGACUGCUUGAAGAGGAAAGGCUUCAGAGGAAGAAAAAACGGGAAGAGAAAUAUAAGAAAGAGGAGGAGAUAGACCUAAUGAGACAUGAAAUAAAGAUAAAUCUAGAGAGACGGAAGAAAUCAAAACAAAAAGAAGAAUAUGUUAAAGAAGGCAAGGAAGAGGUGGAGGAAGGACAAACUAAAAGGGAAGAUUCGAAAGAAAAGGAAGUAAAACAGAAUAUCGAAGAACAUAAAGAAGCAACGCCAAAAACGAAGGAAGAGCAUGGGAGAACUACAAAAGAAGAACCAAAGAAACAAACAAAGGAUAAGGAAGGGGACAGAAUUAAGGAAACGACACAUACACAGGAUAACGCUCUAAAGGAAAUUCAGAAUCUGCAAUGUGACGAGAGGGAGAAAGAGGAAAGGAAAGAUAAGAAGAGAAAUAACCGCGAUCAAGAAUCAAAGGAACCAGAAGCAAAGUGCGAAGUGCAUGAAAUUGAAAACAUCGGUGACGAGGCACUCCGAAGACGGAGGGAGAAGGAGGAACGAAAGGAAAAGAGAAGAAAACGGCGAGAAGAAAAAGCAAGAAUAAAAGAGGCGCUACGAAGUGCUCAGAGCGGUGACGAAAACUUAUUGCAAGACCUUCGCCGACUGGAAAUGGAAAAGCGAAAAGAAAAAGAGGAAAGGAGACUGAGGAAACAGAAGCGCGAACAGGAAGCAAAGAGCCCGGAAGCCAGAGAACCCGAGCAAGAGGGAAGGGAGCGAGACCGGAGGGAGCGAGAGGUUGACGAAGGGAAUGAAAGACAACGAAGUGGAGAAAGGGAGGAGGCAGAGCGGCACGAAGAGAGCCAAGAAAAUGCCAUCGAACCUAAACGAGAAACAGCAGAGGAACGCAAGGAGAAAAGGGACAGAAACAUAAAGAAACGAGAGGUAAAAGCGGAGCAGGAAGAGGCGCUGCGUCAUAGCAUAAAUAACAAGGGCAGCUUCGGUGACUCACCUGCCACUGUUAUAUCUGUGCUUGACGACUGCAGUUCCUUGCAUGACCGAGCUCCGGACGCACAUGACGGGAAGACGAAGGCCAAGGAAAAUGAUAAAGCCAAACAAGAAAGCUACCCUGAGAAGUCCCACUCGAUAAGAAAAGGCGACGAAACGGAAAAACCUUCAAUCCGGGAGGAUAAAAGAGAAUCGCCAAAAGUGGACGAGACACAGACUGCGAAAUCCGACAUGGAAGAGAGCACAGUCAAGGAGCGCAGCUCCAGAAGGGAGGACAGAGGCCAGGAGGAACCGACGGCAGAAGCGGUGCAAGCGGCUGCAAGACGAAGGGAGAAGAACGGAAAAUGAAGAGGCAGCGGAAGCAACGAUUGGAGGACUGUUUAGCGACAUUUCCAAUCUCACUGUUCUUAAGAAAUUCGAGGAACUGGUUGCCGAACGGAGAAAGAGAAAAAGCAAGCGUCUGGAGAAUGAUUCGAACCAAGAGCCCCCAAAAGAGGAACCCGCUGAAGCUCCGAGACGAAGGAGAUUGCCUCAGCAGGAAGGAACGAACGGAGGUGAAGCACCCACCUCCAAAGACCCGAAGAAAGAGGAGGGAUCUUCUGUCCCCGAGGGCCAGCCAGCGCGAAGGAGGAGGCGAGCCGAGGAGGAGGACCAGGUCAGCAAAGACUACGAGGAGAUCUUUGCGCGACGCCGUCAGCGGAAGAGCCGCCUGGUGGAGGGUGACAGCAGCCAGAUAGAUGACGACCGCCGCUCCAUGUUCGCCUCCGAGAGUCAGGAUUCUCAGCCAGUAGCAGCGAGUGACGCCGAGAAGCACUUCGAGGAAAUCCUUCAAAGGAGGAAGCGCAUUAGGAGGCAGAGAUACGUCUCCUUGCACAAGGACGACCAUGAGCUUACUGGCGGCUCCUCGCCUACGCCAGGCUCGCGGGAACA